AUGACCGCUGUUUUCUACUGGAACUUGGGGUACUUUUCUACUCUCGAACGUCUACGAUUCGCCCAGGAUUCUGACACCGAAGACUCGGAUUCUACGCCCUCAGUUUCUAUCGACAAUCUCCCCAAGCUCCAUCCUAAUAUUAACCCUGCCGCCUCUGCCACCGCAACAAUCACUCCCUCGGCCGUCGCCGCUUCCACGACUAGAUCACUCCAAGACAGCCGCCAGCCGGUUCGUCUUACUGUGCUCUCCAAGCUGCCCUCCGAGUCCACCCCCUUCGCCUCGCUGCCCCGGCGUCCUAGAUCUGCCCUGAUUCGCCAGCACUCCAGCCCAGCCUUUGACCGACACACUACCACCGCCACCAAGCUUGGCUUGGGCAUAAUAAAUAAAUCCAACGACGACCACCCUUCGUCGCUGGCAUCCUCCCUACACGGCGUCAUUCUGGAUGCCACUGACCAAGCCCUGAUCAAACGUGGAAAACGUCACGUCCAACUCAACGCCCGCCAGACCAAGGGUCACUUACACGGCGCCGCCUCCUUCGACCAACUCUCCCACAGGAUGCAUUCCCGCACUCCCGAUGCCGCCUGGAUGGACGGCCGCCUCAAGGAGACGGAAGUCUCAUUGUAUAACAGCUUCCGUUGGCUGGAAGACGAUACCGACCUCGAUCUGCGUCUCGACCUUGACGACUAUCACAUCGGUCUUCGUGAAGACCUCACCCACCGCAAACACCGCCCCGCCUCCUUCCGCCACAAGCUCUCCAUUUCCUCCAAGGCCACCUUCAGCCGUGCCUCAUCAUCGCUGAGUCGUCCCACCACAAAUGAGGCUUCUACGCCUUUUGGCGGUUCAGUCUUGUCACUCCAGAACUCGCCUGGCUACGGCCAUGUUCGCAGACGCUCGCGGGCUCUUUCAUUGAUGUCUGUCACCAAGCAGCCACCGGCCGAGGUUACUACCGCCGCCUCUCCGCCGCCCACCAUGGAUCCGGCCGCCCACUAUCAGGACCCCGAAGCCCGCAUGAAGCUCCGCGUUUACCUCGCCUCGGCUCACAAAUUUGAUGAAGCCGUCGAGUUUGGCUUUCCUUCUACCGAGCAACAACCUCAGAGCCCGUCCAGCCCGCCUCAACGCGUCGAUUCGCUGCCUCGCAACGCAGACCGUGGCGCUCACCUCCGCAUGCAGACCCUUGUCGAGGACAAGCGGUGUUCGCUCUAUAGCGACGAGGCCACCACUACGGAGCCUGACUCGCCUCGCACCCCCGAUACGCUGGAGAGACCCUCUCACCCGUUGACCACCACCGCAGACCAGGAUCGCGAAACCGCCAAGCUCGACUAUACCCAGGCGCACGCUUACUCGCGGGAGAUGACGCUACGCAUGACCCUGACUCGGCCAGACCUGCGCGCCAAUGAGGCCCAUAUUUACAGCUGGCAAAAGCUCGCGUCUCCGACCACAUCGGAAGGCCCCCGCUCGCCGCCCGGACUCAGGACCGAGGACGAGCUGAAAAAGGACAGCAUCGAGCGACAACUAGCCGCCAUUGACCAGGAGAAUUUGCUCUACCCCGAGCAGAGCUCAAUGAAGCGCUUCUGGAAUCGCGUUCGUCGCUCAUGA